AUGGGUCAAACACGGGCGGCCCUCGUCGCCUCCCUGCUCUCCCUGCCGCCGCAAAUGGCCUGCGCCGCGCCGGUCCUCGCACCCGACCUGCAAGGGCCAGCAUACGCUCCAGCUUUUGCGUUCCCGACCGUCAACCCUGGCUCGCUCCCUCCUGGGUUCUUUGAUGGCUUUGACGAGAUCCUCAACCACGCCGAGGGACGCGCGGGGUGCUUUCGACCUAACAAUAGCAACAACAAUAACAACGGCGGCGGAGGAAUAGUUCGGGGACAACGGCAAGGUGACCGCCAAAGCCAGAGCCAAAACCAAAGGCAAGACCAAAACCAAAGGCAAGACCAAAACCAAGACACCAGCCGCAGCCGCGGCGCACCACUGAUCGACUUCCGGCCGACGUUCAACGCGCCUGAAUGCAUCGGCCGUGGCAUCAGCGUAUGCGACCCGAUCCGCGUCAACCGCACGUCCAUCAACGACACGUCGAUUCGGACUAGCGGCGGCGGUGGCGGCGUGAAUAACGGGGAUAUGAGCGGUGGUGGCGGUGAGUUUGAGGUCGGAGGCGGCGCGAACGGCUCUGUCUCUGGCGGGUUCGGAAGCAGUGGCAACAGCGGAGGAGGGAGGUCACAAGAUGGUUUCGGAGGAAAUGGCAGCAUCGGCAACGGCAAUGGCAACGCAACGGCAACGGUAACGAUCCCUACGCCCUCGUGGCAGCACUCACGCGGCAAGAGUGCGACAAGCUCGGCCGCAGGGCUGCUUGGGUCUCAGACAGAAGAAAACCCAAACCAAAAUGGCGGGGACAACUCGAGGGAGGCAGGGAGCGGCGUCAGCCCGCAGAGUCGACCAUCACGCAACCCUCCCCCAGUCCGGUCCAAGACACAAAGAUCAAGGAACAGCGACAGGAACCAGUUCAUGGAGGACGUGCUUGGCGGCUCGCUGCGUCAUCUGGCCUCGGCACCACCAACACCAACAGACUCAUCGACGAGGCAAGUCGAUUUGGAUAGUCUGGCCACUCCCCAAGAAACCGAGAAUAAGGCGGAGGCCGAUGUGACGCAACGACGGAGAGAUUCUGGUCCUCCCAACGACGCCGAAGCGGAUUUCAUCACAAGAAUUCCCCUGAUGUUUCUUAUCAAGGCACUGCGAACCGUCUUCACCAUCUCCAUCCCGUUGGGCGCUCUGCCCACCAUCUUCUCGUGCUUCAUUGAGUGGAAGUCAGUCACGAUGGCCAAGGUCGGGGACCAAGGCGCAAGGGAGGGAAACAGCAGCGGCAGCGGUACCAGGAGCAGCAAAAACAGCGUCAGACCAAGCACGGGAAAGAAGGUUCCAUUAUAA